UGAUUUAUCUAACUCCGUAGUGGACCAACAAAAUAAUGCCGACACCAAGACAAUGGAAGGGAUACCAAAAGUAUCAGAUAAGGAAAUAGAUGAUUUUAUUCCUGAAGAAUCGAUGCCCAAGAUGACAACUGUCACUUUAUCUCAGCCUCGUCAAAGAUAUCCAAAAUCAUUAGAAGAAAAGGAGAUUGAUUUUUUCCUAAAUUCGGAAAACAAGAAAAUGUUUAGUAAUCUGAUGAGAGAAAGAAAUAGAGAAAAAAAACUUGGAAUUCAAGAGCCUCAAGUAAUAUCCCCAACAUCUUCUGAAGAGGAAAGCUCAACGUUUGAAGCAUCAAACGUUCACAACUCACUCAGGAUAGAAAAAGAAAAACAGAAUAAAACAAGUAUGGAACAUUCAGCAAACAUUGUUUCUGACAUUAGUAAUCCUCGAUCACUAUACGAUGAUAUAAAAAACAGCUCAUUUGAUAUUCAAAUACCCGAAUUCCCCCUUGAGAUGAUUUUAAUGGGAUCUAAUAAAAUUACGACACAAAAUAUAACUGGUUUAACUGAUUUAUUUAAUGUAGCAAUAAAGGUCGGGCAAAAGGAGAAUCUAUGCUAG